GGACCGAUUUAAAAAAUAUCUGUGUUAAAUUCCGCUUCCCACAAAAAAAAGAAAAAGAAAAAAUCACGCAAUGAAGGCUUACUGCCGGAGGUGCUAUUUAAAAAUAUUUGUGGUAAUAGUAUUAUUACAAGGACGACCAUGUUUCUCUCGACCCCGUGGCUUUACCUCAAAUUACCAAGAUGGCUCAACACGGCAUGCAGAGCAGGAAACUGCUGUUAACAAUGUACAAACAUUUACUCAUCUGAAAGAAUCUGUUCCCAGCAUUGUGCAAUCUCAGCAAGCUGAGGCAAAAUCCAAGGACCAUGAGAGUCGCCGCAUUGCCAGUCGGCAAGCAAACUCUUCUAGCAGUCUGUGCCAGCAGGAUGAAAAGGUGCCUUGCAAUGACUCCAGAGGCUGUUAUUUUCCCACUGAGAAAUGCGACGGCCUGAUACAAUGUCACGAUGCAUCGGACGAGCUUCAGUGUUCAUGUUUCGAACGCAUGCAUUCUGCAGGCAAACGUUGUGAUUCUUAUCCGGAUUGUCCAGAUUUCUCAGAUGAACGUGGCUGUGACGGCUGUUCCCCCUGGGAGCUGAGUUGUGAGGAAAAUGGAACCAUCACAUGUGUACCGGAAGCAGCUCUCUGCGAUGGACAUUCAGACUGUGCUGAUAAUUCUGAUGAACAGCUUUGCUCAAGGCUCUCGCGAAGGCAAGCUGAUACUUCUCCACUACUUACCUUGCAUAACGAAGGUUAUCUGGAGCUGAAGAGAGAUGGGUUCUGGCGUCCUCUUUGUGCUGACUUGGAAACCAAUUAUGCCGAAGUUGUUAUGGAUCACUGUGAUGAGGUAGUUGGAUCAAGACAUACUGAGGAUAUUCAGAAUCUUGUACCAUUCACUGGAACUGGGCCAACAAUGUGGGUUCACUAUAACGAUACGUCCAAGACUUUCUCGGUUUCCUCCCACUGUGGCCAACAUCUACUUUUAUAUGUAAAAUGCUCAGUGCCGACUUGUGGAAGUCAGACAGUCAGAAAGCGUGAAAGUCGGCCAGUCAGACAGCGCAGGAAGAUCAACCUCUAUGAAAAAAGUGUUGAAAGUUCGCGGCCACAUCGCGGUCUUAACAGGAUUGUCGGCGGCCGGGAAGCGGAAGCUAAUGUUUGGAGCUUUGCCGUCGGAAUCAUCGGCGACGGCAAAUACCACUGUGGCGGAACUAUCCUCACGUCAGAGUGGAUUCUUACUGUUUCGCAUUGUUUUUCUGAUUUUUAUAUUCAACGAAAUUUCGAAGUUCAGGCAGGAAUGUAUCGGCGCGGUUCCUGGUCUCCAUUUGAACAGACCUCUGUUGUCUCUCGCGUGAUUCGUCACCCGGAAUUUAACUCCCUUCUACAGAAUGAUGUGGCACUCCUCAAACUAGAGACUCCUCUUCACCUAAACAGAUGGGUCCGUCCUGUGUGUUUGGCAAGAGACCUGCAGCCAAAGGAGGAGGAUUACUGUACUGUAGCAGGAUGGGGAACGCAAAUAGAGGGCGAAACACAAUCAAAGUCGGAUACCAUGAUGGAAGUCGAUGUUCCAAUCUUAGACACCUGUAUAAACAGUUUUCCGGGAUAUAGCGACGAGUCUUUAAUAUGCGCUGGAUAUGAGGAAGGCAUGAAGGAUGCUUGUGCAGGGGACUCCGGCGGCCCAUUGAUGUGCUUGGGGGACUCGGAAGGCUGGGUGCAAGCUGGGAUAGUCUCCUUCGGGCGCGGCUGCGCUCGACCCAACGAGCCUGGGUCCUAUUCCAGGAUCACCCACUUUCGCUCAUGGAUAAUGGAAACCUUGGGAAGAAUAGACGAAAAUGGGAGCUUACCAGCUAUUGACCUCCAAACGAAAUGUCUUGGAUCACUAUGCCAACUACCAGCAGGAAACUGUCUACAAGCAAAAUAUGUGUGUGACAAGGAGGUAAACUGUAUAGAUGCUGUGGAUGAAUUGUACUGCAACACCGAGGUACUAGCAACCCCGUCUACAGAUGGUUUGGAUACGAUUCCCACCACAACAGACAAUGCAUCCGAUGUCAACACACAAAACACCCUGCACAUAGCUGCCAACGACACCGCCUCCGGCGCCAUAGCUGCCAACGACACCGCCUCCGGCGCCAUAGCUGCCAACACCGACGCCAUAGCUGCCAACGACCGCCUCCGGCGCCAUAGCUGCCAACGACAGCUCCGGCGCCAUAGCUAA